AUAACUUUCCCUGUUUUGACAUUUUUGACAAUGGCCGAAUAUUCAUCCCAUAACAUUUUCUAGUUCGUUGAACAUUGAAUUCUCAAAUAUCUAAAGUCGUUAUAAUUAAUUACAUUUAUCACUUGUCGAGUAUAAUUUUCGAACCUAGAAAGAUUUUUACUUUUUGCAUGGAAGACAUGUUUUGUUAAUAACAGGAGUGAGUGAUAUUGAUGAGAUGUAUUGUGUGUAAAAUCAAUCAUAUUAUGAAAGACGUUAAAUAAUUGAUUGAAAUAGUUCACUAUUUUCCAAGUAUAUAAUGAUAUAUUGAACAGUGGGAAUUGAACGCAAAAUAUUUUUCUUCCAAAAUGUCUGCAAUGAAGAGUGGCGCUAUGGGAAAAAAAGAAGGCAAGAUGAGGAUUCGUGCGUUUCCAGUGAGUAAAAUGACAAUGGAUGAAAAAUAUGUGGAAAGUAUAUGGGCAUUGUUAAAAAAUGCUAUUCAAGAAAUUCAAAAGAAAAAUAAUUCUGGUCUGAGUUUUGAGGAGUUAUACCGGAAUGCCUACACUAUGGUAUUACAUAAACAUGGGGAAAGAUUAUAUACAGGCUUGAAAGAAGUUGUCACUCAGCAUUUGGAAACCAAGGUUCGCGAAGAUGUAUUGAGAUCUUUACAUAACAGUUUCCUGAUGACUUUGAAUCAAGCCUGGAACGAUCACCAAACUUCAAUGGUGAUGAUUAGAGAUAUUCUCAUGUAUAUGGAUCGGGUAUAUGUCCAACAGAACGACGUAGACAAUGUGUACAAUUUGGGUCUUAUCAUAUUUAGGGAUCAGGUUGUACGUUAUGGCUGCAUCAGAGAUCAUCUCAGGGAAACGCUGCUCGAUAUGGUUAUGAGAGAGAGAAAGGGAGAAAAAGUGGAUCGCAUCUCAAUCAAAAACGCCUGUCAAAUGCUUAUGGUUCUUGGCAUCAAUUCUAGAUCUGUAUAUGAAGAAGACUUCGAGAGACCUUUCUUGCAACAAUCUGCAGAAUUCUAUAAAGUUGAAAGCCAGAAGUUUUUAGCAGAAAAUAGUGCAUCUGUUUAUAUAAAAAAGGUAGAGACAAGAAUAAAUGAAGAAUCAGAUCGAGCGAAACAUUAUUUGGACGAAUCCACUGAACCUAGGAUUGUUGAAGUGGUAGAAGAGGAACUUAUAAAGAAACAUAUGAAAACUAUAGUUGAGAUGGAAAACUCUGGUGUGGUUCAUAUGUUGAAAAAUCAAAAAACAGAAGACCUAGCGUGCAUGUAUAAACUCUUCGGCCGAGUUACAGAUGGUUUGAAGACCAUGGCUGACUGUGUGAGUCAGUAUUUGAGGGAACAAGGCAAAGCCCUUGUUCAAGAGGAUGACCACAAUUCUUCAACUAAUGCAAUUACAUUUGUCCAAUCACUGUUGGAUCUCAAAGACCGUUUUGAUCACUUUUUGAAAAACUCCUUCAGUAAUGAUAAAAUAUUCAAGCAAAUGAUUGCAUCUGAUUUUGAGUACUUCCUUAACUUGAAUCCGAAAUCACCAGAAUAUUUAUCAUUAUUUAUUGAUGAUAAAUUGAAGAAGGGAGUCAAAGGGAUGACAGAACAGGAAAUCGAAACAGUGUUGGAUAAAUCCAUGGUUCUGUUCAGAUUCCUCCAGGAGAAAGAUGUUUUCGAAAGAUAUUACAAGCAGCAUCUAGCCAAAAGACUUCUCUUAAACAAAUCUGUCAGUGAUGAUUGGGAGAAGAACAUGAUCUCAAAACUUAAGACGGAAUGUGGUUGCCAAUUUACGUCGAAACUGGAAGGAAUGUUCAAAGACAUGACUGUUUCCAAUACCAUAAUGGAUGAAUUUAAAGAGCACAUUGCCAAGUCUGAGACGAGUUUAUGUGGCGUCGACUUGUUCAUGCGUGUAUUGACGACUGGAUUUUGGCCGACCCAGAGUGCCACACCCAAAUGUCACAUUCCGCCAGUACCACUAGCAGCUUUCGAAAGUUUUCGUAGAUUUUAUCUAGGAAAGCAUAGUGGACGUCAGCUUACACUACAACCGCAGUUGGGUAAUGCAGAUCUUAAUGCAGUCUUUUAUGGGCCAAAAAAAGAUGACGCGGAUAAAGAUGGCGCUUGUUCUUCAUCAACAAGUCUUGUUUCUAACCGUUCAUGUGGUCCAAGAAAACACAUUAUUCAAGUUUCAACUUAUCAGAUGGUUGUGUUGAUGCUUUUCAAUAACCAUGAUAAACUAACCUACGAAGAAAUUCUAAAUGAAAGUGACAUCCCUGAAAGAGACCUCAUUAGAGCUUUACAAAGUCUUGCAAUGGGUAAAGCCUCACAAAGGAUAUUAAUCAAAAAUCCAAAAACAAAGGAGAUCGAAUCAAAUCACGAAUUUUAUGUAAAUGAUUCCUUCACUUCCAAACUACAUAGGGUGAAAAUUCAAACAGUAGCCGCAAAAGGAGAAAGUGAACCUGAAAGAAGAGAAACCAGAAAUAAGGUGGAUGAAGAUAGAAAGCAUGAAAUCGAAGCAGCUAUAGUUAGAAUAAUGAAAUCCAGAAAAAGAAUGGCGCACAAUAUAUUGGUCACAGAAGUGACUGAGCAAUUAAAGAGUCGGUUCUUACCUUCUCCAGUUAUAAUAAAGAAACGAAUAGAAGGACUUAUCGAAAGAGAAUACCUUGCUCGUACACCAGAAGAUCGAAAAGUUUACACUUAUGUUGCAUGAACAAUUUUUGGUAAUCAAUUAAGUGAACUUUUUGUGGGUCUGAUAUUGCGGUGUGACCGCCUAUGGAUUGUGCAAAUUAUACCGCUUUAGUGAUCUGUCAUACCCAUAUAGCUAAUUCAUAUUGAAAUCUAAUAUAAUUAAAUUAUUCAGAAAUGAUUGUUCUUAUCUUUUCACUCAUUAUCAUGUUUUCCGCAUUUUCUUCCAGUUUUAAUACAUUUUUCAUGAUUUCAAGAUUAAACAUGUUCAGUUAUGUAAAUAUUGAAUCAUUUUUUUUCAAUAUAUGUAUAUUUUCAAAUUAAAAAGUUUCCAGUGGUA